GCUGUCUAGGUUUGUCAUCGCUUUUCUCCCAGGAAGCAGGUGUCUUUUAAUUUCGUGACUGCUGUCACCAUCUGCAGUGAUCACGGAGCCCAACAAAGUAAAAUCUCUCACCGCCUCCAUUUCUUCCCCUUCUGUUUGCCAGGAGGUGAUGGGACCAGUGGCCAUGAUCUCCGUUUUUUUGAUGUUGAGCUUCAGACCAUAAUUUGCGCUCUCCUCUUUCACCCUCAUUAAAAGGUUCUUUAAUUCCUCCUCCCUUUCUGCUAUCAAGGUUGUGUCAUCUGCAUAUCUGAGGUUGUUGAUAUUUCUUCUGGCAAUCUUAAUUCCGGUUUGGGAUUCAUCCAGCCCAGCCUUUCGCAUGACGAAUUCUGCAUACAAGUUAAAUAAGCAGGGAGACAAUAUACAGCCUUGUCCUACUCCUUUCCCGAUUUCGAACCAAUCAGUUGUUCCAUAUCCAGUUCUAACUGCAGCUUCUUGUCCCACAUGGAGAUUUCUAGAGAUUUAACCCCGGCGCAAUUUUUUAUUUUUAUUUUUCGCAUUUCCCGCUUUCCCACGGUCCUUCCGCGCAUCGUCUCCAAGCGCCGCCACGAGAGCGCACCAGAGCCGGAGCGCAGCAGGCAGAGGCCAAAGACUUCCGCGUUUCCUCGUGAUCACGAGGGUUUUAAAAGCUUGGCCGCCUCCUUCCCGGAAGGGAGCGAGGGAGAAGCCGCCUGGCGCCCUGGAGAGCCAUGGAGCGGAGGGUCGGGCGAGCUCUUGUCCGGCCGCGGGUGCUGAUCGUGGGCGCGGGGCUGGCCGGGCUGGGCGCGGCUCAGCGGCUCCUUCGCCGGGGCGGCCGGCAUCUGGGCGGCGUGCGCGUCCUGGAGGCCACGGGCCGAGCCGGGGGCCGCAUCCGCUCCGGGAAGCUCCGUAAGAGGCGGCUGGCCGGCGGGAAGCGGGACCGGGGAGAGCGGGCGGAGGGCGGGCGCAACCCUUCCGCGCAACGCGAGGCGCGCCGGAGCGGACUUUGCGCCCCUUUGCGCUUUUCCCGAGAGAAAACCCGAUCAUAGAACUGGCCAGUUGGAAGGGACCCUGAGGAUCAUCUGGUCCAACCCCCUGCAAUGCAGGAAUAUGCGGCUGGCCCCUAUAGGGAGGGAUCGAACCUGCAACCUUGGUGUUAUCUAACCAACUGAGCGAUGCUGAAACACGUGUCUCUCCACCCUCCUGGCUUCUUGUUGUUGUGUGUUUCCUCAUGAUUACUUUGGAGUGCUCCCCAUCACACACACAGCCUCUAAAAUAAUAUUCUUUGGGGUCAGGGUCAGAUUCCUACCUCCCUGAGUAGCCUAGAAUAUUCACAUAUGUUGGCAUUCAAGAAUGAAAAGGUUUACUUCUCCCAUGGUUGAUUUGAGGAAAGUGGCUGGAGCAGGUGUGUUUCUCAGUUGUUUUUGCUCCCUGCUAGGGUUGCAACUGGUUAAAUAAAUCAACUAAAAUAUUUUCAUCAGUACUGUGAAUUAAGUGGGCAGCAGGGUUUUGGUGUUUUCCCCCCCCUUUCAGCAGGAUCCUGGAUUAUAUUCAUUUGAAAAUGCAAUUCACUAAUCAAGUGAAUCAAACCAUUGCGAUCUAAUCUGCUAAUAUGUACUGAGUCACUGAGAACCCUCUUUCUUAGCCUGAGCAUAGCUGCUGCUCUCAUGCUUUUCUGAUUUCUUCACUUUCCCACCCACUUGUGUUCUUGCAAAACAACAACAAACCCCCCCCCAAAUCCAGCACAGCCUUCAUCCUCUGCAAGUCCUCAUCACCGUUGCCAGAGAAGGCAAGCCAUGGGGGCAAGCCAUGCUUGGUCUCUGUUCUGCAGCCCCAGAAACGUACUUUGGAGAGCAGCAGCAGGGCUGAAAUUUUACACCUAACCUAAGCAAUGUACAGGGACGCAAGCGGGUGGCGCUGUGGGUUAAACCACAGAGCCUAGGACUUGCCGAUCAGAAGGUCGGCGGUUCGAAUCCCUGCGACGGGCUGAGCUCCCGUUGCUCGGUCCCAGCUCCUGCCCACCUAGCAGUUCGAAAGCAUGCCAGUGCAAGUAGAUAAAUAGGUAGCGCUCCGGUGGGAAGGUAAACAGCGUUUCCGUGCGCUGCUCUGGUUCGCCAGAAGCGGCUUAGUCAUGCUGGCCACAUGACCCGGAAGCUGUCUGCAGACAAACACCGGCUCCCUUGGCCAGUAAAGCGAGAUAAGCACCACAACCCCAGAGUCGGCCACAACUGGACCUAAUGGUCAGGGGUCCCUUUACCUUUAAGCAAUGUACACAUUAGUGGCUUGAAAUCCCCGGCCCCCCGGCCCCCUUGCAUUUCAAGUUUGGUGAGGAAGUCGGAUGGAAACUGGUUUGAGGGGUAGAAAAUGCACGAAACACCAGUGUUUCUCAAGAAACUACAGGAUAGCUGCGAAUUGUGCAUAUGGCUUCAAAUACAGGGGGCAAAUCAUAACGUAUACAUAGCCCUAGUUUCAGGUGGUACUGUGUGUUUUCCCAUCUUCUCCCCCUCUACCCAUCUGCUCUCUUGCCUAAAAGCAAAGAUCUGCUUCUUCCAUUAUAGUCUCCAGCAGUUUUGACUGGGGGCGGAUGGAUGCAGGCAACCUGCCUUAGUAGGCAAACUAAGGCCUGGGGGCUGGAUCUGGCCCAAUUGCCUUCUAAAUCUGGCCCGCGGAUGGUCCAGAUCAGCGUGUUUUUACAUGAAUAGAAUGUGUGCUUUUAUUUAAAAUGCAUCUCUGGGUUAUUUGUGGGGCAUAGGAAUUGGUUCAUUUCUCCCCCCAAAAAAUAUAGUCCGGUCCCCCACAAGAUCUGAGGGACAGUGGACUUGCCCCCUGCUGAAAAAGUUUGCUGACCCCUGACCUAGACAAAGGAUCACUCCGGUGUUGCUGAAGGGGAAGAAUUGGCAUGGCCAGAACUCUCCACAACAAACUGCUUCUAGUUUUGGCAACAGUAGCAGUAAAUGAAGCCUGCACAGAAUUUGGUGCUGCUCAGUGCAACCCUAAUAGUAAUAAUAGUAAUAAUAAUAAUUUAUUAUUUAUACCCCACCCAUCUGGCUGGGUUUCCCCAGCCACUCUGGGCAGCUUCCAACAAAAUAUUAAAAUACAAUAGACUAUUAAACAUUGAAAGCUUCCCUAAACAGGGCUGCCUUCAGAUGUCUUCUAAAAGUCUGGUAGUUGUUCUAUUUGACAUCUGGUGGGAGGGCGUUCCAAAGGGUGGGUGCCACUACCGAGAAGGCCCUCUGCCUGGUUCCCUGUAACUUGGCUUCUCGCAGUGAGGGAACCACCAGAAGGCCCUUGGCGCUGGACCUCAGUGUCCGGGCAGAACGAUGGGGGUGGAGACACUCCUUCAGGUUUUAUUUUAGGCAGCAGGCCUCUUUUGCAGGAGAGUGUCUUGGAGAACAGCGAACUCAUUCUCAACGGGGUGUGUGAGAAAGGUGGUGAGGAGCCUCUAGGUUUGCAGAAACACAGAACAAAUUAGAAAACUAAUAAUAAUAAUUCUAUUAUUUAUACCCCUCCCAUUUGGCUGGGUUUCCCCAGCCACACUGGCCAGAUUAAAGCAUAUACAGUGGUACCUUGGUUCUUGAACUCAAUCCGUUCUGGAAGUCCAUUUGACUUCCAACACAUUCAAAAACCAAGGCUGGUUGGUCCCGGAAACAAUGCCGACAGCCGAAACGGACGUUCAACUUUCAAAAAACGUUCACAAACUGGAAUACUUACCUCUGGGUCUGUGGUGUUCUGGAGCCGAUUUGUUCGUAGACUGAGCCGUUUUGGAACCAAGGUACCACUGUAUAAAACAUAUAAGGUGAGGACACAAAAACUGUCCAGUCGAGAUGUGAGCAUGUUGUGGGGAGAAGGGGAGGCACUAAAGGAGGAACAGAGUGGAGCUUUUUGGAAGAGGACAUGGCUGGCUGAAACCCUGAGCAUUUUGCCGUUUGCAAAUUUACAAACACUCCUGCUGAGGUUUUUCCAAAAGUCUGAAGGCUCCAAGCAUCUGAGAACUGUGGUUUCCCUCCUUGUGUGAUAGCUGGAAUAAGCAGGCCUUAAAAGAUUAGUCUCUUUGAGGCUUGAUGCUGUGGAAACAUUGGAAGGCUGAUUCUUUCCCUCCUUCCUUCUAGGAGGUAAGGUGAUUGAAAUAGGUGCCCAUUGGAUUCACGGGCCCUCCAAGGAGAACCCUGUCUUCCAGCUGGCAUCGGAGCAUGGACUCCUGGAUGAGGCCGCCAUGUCUGAGGAAAACCAGCAGGUGGAAAUCGGGGGCCACCCCUUGGGGCCUUCGGCCUGCUUCUCCAGUCGGGGCCAGUUGCUAAGUCCUGACAUCCUUGACUCCAUGGGGUUGCUCUUCUUCGCUCUCUUGGAAGAAGCGCGCGAGUUCGUGCAUGCGGCCAAAGUGCCUGUGCCCAGCGUGGGCGAGUACCUGAAAGAGGCGAUCGCUCGGAAGGUGAGAGAAUGGUCAGAUGAUGAGGAGACCAAGCGGCUGAAGCUGGCCGUCCUCAACUUAUUCUUCAAGCUGGAAUGCUGCGUGAGUGGGACUCACAGCUUGGACCUGGUGGCUUUGGGGCCCUUCGGGGAGUACACCAUGCUUCCUGGCUUGGACUGCACGUUUCCCAAGUGAGUGGUUGCCCGCUUAAAGGUAAAGGGACCCCUGACCAUUAGGUCGAGUCGUGACCGACUCGGGGGUUGCGGCGCUCAUCUCACUUUAUUGGCCGAGGGAGCCGGCAUACAGCUUCCGGGUCAUGUGGCCAGCAUGACUAAGCCGCUUCUGGCGAACCAGAGCAGUGCACGGAAACGCCGUUUACCUUCCCGCUGGAGCGGUACCUAUUUAUCUACUUGCACUUUGACGUGCUUUUGAACUGCUAGGUUGACAGGAGCUGGGACCGAGCAACGGGAGCUCACCCCAUCAUGGGGAUUCAAACCGCCAACCUUCUGAUCGGCAAGUCCUAGGCUCUGUGGUUUCACCCACAGCGCCACCCGCGCUUGGCUCUCAUUAAACAAUAGGUUGGCUUCUAUGGUUCCCUUGGGGAUGGGCUGAUCGGACAUCCCGGCUGUGGCUUGAUUUUGCAAGUGGGACAUGGGUGGCGCUGUGGUCUAAACCGCUGAGCCUCUUGGGCAGGGGUAGGCAAGCUAAGGCCCGGGGGCCGCAUGCGGCCCAAUCACCUUCUCAAUCCGGCCCAUGGACGUGUUUUUAUAUGCGUAGAAUGUGUGCUUUUAUUUAAAAUGCAUCUCUGGGUUAUUUGUGGGGCAUAGGAAUUCGUUCAUUUCCCCCCCAAAAUAUAGUCCAGCCCACCACAUGGUCUGUGGGAUGGUGGACCGGCCCACGGCUGAAAAAGGUUGCUGAUCCCUGCUCUUUGGCUUGCCAAUUGGAAGGUCGGUGGUUUGAAUCCCCAUGACGGGGUGAGCUCCCAUUGCUCUGUCCCAGCUCCUGCCAACCUAGCAGUUUGAAAGCACACCAGUGCAAGUAGAUAAAUAGGUACCGCUCCGGCGGGAAGGUAAACAGCAUUUCCGUGCGCUCUGGCACUCGUCACGGUGUCCCGUUGCUCCAGAAGCGGUUUAGCCAUGCUGGCCACAUGGCCCGGAAAACUGUCUGUGGACAAACGCCGGCUCCCUCAGUCUGAAAGCGAAAUGAGCUCCGCAACCCCAUAGUCACCUGUGACUGGACUUAACCAUCCAGGGGUCCUUUACCUUUACUUUGCACAUAUAAGUUUACGGAGGACAUGUUUUUUCCUGGGGGGAAAGUUUGUUUGUUUGUUCAUUGCAGGCCCAGUUGCACUGCCAUGCCUGCCAGUAGUGGCUAAAUGUAAGGUGUGAUAAAUAAACUCAAGCAGACAAUGGUCUGGAUUAGAAAGGGCCACAACUUUAUUGAGUACAGAUGUAGGUGGAUAUUUGGCUCAGGCCCCCACAGAAAAAAUAAAAGUAAUUAUUUAAUUUUUUUAAGGUAAGGAAACUCAGUCCCCCCCCCCCCCCCAGUUCCUGCUAAAAUGAACAACAACCCUGAUUUUAUUUCCCUUUCCUUCACUUGUUCUGGACCUUAUCUCGCUUCAUGUUGUUAGCUAACUACCCCUAUGUGGGGGAGGGAAAGGAAUUUCCUUCACAUCUGAAGGGAGGGCGUUCCACAGGGCGGGUGCCACUACUGAGAAGGCCCUCUGCCUGGUUCCCUGUAACCUCACUUCUCGCAGGGAGGGAACCGCCAGAAGGCCCUCGGCGCUGGACCUCAGUGUCCGGGCUGAACGAUGGGGGUGGAGACGCUCCUUCAGGUAUACUGGGCCGAGGCUGUUUAGGGCUUUAAAGGUCAGCACCAACACUUUGAAUUGUGUUCGGAAACGUGUCCAAGACCAGGCUACCUCAUUUUGUCUUGCUUCUCCUCCGUAGUGGUUACGAGGGCCUCAUAGACUGCCUGUUGGCAUCUCUGCCCAAAGGGACUGUGCAGUUUGACAAGCCGGUGAGGACAGUUCACUGGAAUAGUUCCUGCUUGGAAGAGGCUCCCGCAGGCCGAACCUUCGGAGUCCAGGUGGAAUGUGAAGAUGGCGAGAAGUUCUUCGCAGACCAUGUCAUCGUCACCAUGCCUCUAGGUGAGAUUUCCUUGGCUUUCUGAUUGUGUGGCGAGUUCCCGCCCCCCACCAGGAUAAAUAAAGACACGAGACACCAUGGUUUAAGGUUAAAUGGGCGAAUUAGGCCACAACUUUAUUGAAUUCAGGAAUGAGAGGCAUUGGCUUAGGCAUUGGUCCUAACGACUAUCCGGCUCCAGCCCAUUUGCUGGAGACACGGGGAAGGGUUAACACUAUAUCGGGGGAGUCUCCCGCCGAAGCACGUCGACUAGGAGCUCCCCCGGGUCACCGCUCGGGGGCGUGCCUUUGGCCCACACCUCCAUAGGCUUCGGACAGGGCCACGCCCCCCGGAGUCCUUUAACGGACCACCCUUCGCUCACUGGGGGGAGGUGAUGGCAUUCCUCCCCCCCCACAUCCUCUUAACCCCUUCUUACCAAUGCCUACCGCCACACGAGCAUUCGCUCGCCGCCAAUACUCUCAUGCCUGAAACCAAUCCCUUACCCCCUUUGCUAUAUCAGUCAGCCACAUGUCGUUUCCCGCAUCUGAAAGAUGCACGCCAUCAAGCCGGUAGAGGGCCUUACGGUUGCCCGGGUGGUCAUGGUUGGCAUUCAUCGCAUCUUUCUGGGUAUGAAGUGAGCUUCAAAGACAUUUGGGCUGAGGAGAGGAUCAUCUGAGAGGCGCUAGACAAGGGAGUCUCUCUCCAAACACUGAGCAGAGUUUCUUCAGUUCUGAAUGUGAGACAGCCUUUGAAAUUUGUUUUUCUCUCCAGAACUCUUAGCUCUGAUUCCAACCAUCGGUUUAGCAGCAGGUAGUCUCAUGUGGAGGAGCCCCCAUCCCAUUUCUGCAUGCAAGGAUCUGAACAGCAGUAAAUGGAUCUAACAAAUGAUUGUUUGACUUUAACUGCUUGUCCUUCCUCUCAACCCCACACUCUUGCCGCCAGGUCAAUUUAGGAAAUCUUCCCAGGCUCCCAUCUUCAAAGCCUCUCCCCUUGCCAUGCCCUUGCAAGCCUGGCACACACAAAAACACACCCGUGAAAUUUUGCCCCUGGAUGAAAUGAGCUUUGCAAGUCUUCUUGAUUGCUUGGACGGGGUGGGGGGGUGUGCACUUGUGGGUAGAGAGAACAAUAAUAAUAAUUUUAUUAUUUGUACCCUGCCCAUCUGACUGGGUUGCCCCAGCCACUCUGGGCAGCUUCCAACAUAUAUGAAAAUAUAAUAAAACAUUACACGUUAAAAAACUUCCCUAUAAAGGGCUGCCUUCAGAUGUCUUCUAAAAGUCAGAUAGCUGUUUAUUUCCUUGACAUCUGAUGUGAGGGCGUUCCACAGGGAGGGCGCCACUACCAAGAAGGCCCUCUGCCUGGUUCCCUGUAACCUCACUUCUCGGAGUGAGGGAACCGUCAGAAGGCCCUCGGUGCUGGACCUCAGUGUCCGGGCUGAAUGAUGGGGGUGGAGACGCUCCUUCAGGUAUACUGGACCGAGGCCAUUUAGGGCUUUAAAGGUCAGCACCAACGAUGCUGUGGGUUAAACUACAGAGCCUAGGACUUGCCGAUCAGAAGGUCAGUGGUUCGAAUCCCCACAACGGGGUGAGCUCCCAUUGCUCAGUCCCUGCUCCUGCCAACCUAGCAGUUUGAAAGCGCGUCAGAGUGCAAGUAGAUACAUAGGUACUGCUCUGGCGGGAAGGUAAACGGCGUUUCUGUGUGCUGCUCUGGUUUGCCAGAAGCGCCUUAGUCAUGUUGGCCACAUGACCCGGAAUCUGUACGCCGGCUCCCUUGGCCAAUAAAACGAGAUGAGCAUCGCAACCCCAGAGUCGGUCACGACUGGACCUAAUGGUCAGGGGUCCCUUUACCUUUACCAACACUUUGAACUGUGCUCGGAAACGUACUGGGAGCCAAUGUAGGUCUUUCAGGACCGGUGUAAUAUGGUCUCGACUGCCACUCCCAGUCAGCAGUCCAGCUGCUACAUUAUGGAUUAGUUGUAGCUUCCGAGUCACCUUCAAAGGUAGCCCCACGUAGAGCGCAUUGCAGUAGUCCAAGUGGGAGAUAACCAGGGCAUGUACCUACUGAACGAAGGUAGAAUUUGCACCAGCUUCUUUGCUCAGUUUUACCUCAGGCAUAUUUGUUCCCCAGAAGGUUGCCAGAAGGGAAUGAGUCUGUUGGGCGGAAAAGGUUCCCUGCCCUUGAUCUUGUGGCGUUCUUGCUUAUGGCUUCACAGGGAGACCCACCCCUCUAAGUCAUGGCUUGUUUUCCAGCAGCAGGAACUUGGUCGGUAACAAAUCCAGAACUCUUCUGUAAAUCCUAUGGGGAGAUGAUUCCCCCCCCCCCCCAGUGCUUACUAAAGCAUUUGUACAGUCUGGUCCUGGGCACAUUCCCCCAAAGUCUGUUCUUUUACUAAUCUCUGUCAUGUCUUUUCCUUCUCCCUAGGUUUCCUCAAAGAACACGGCGAAACCUUUUUUAACCCGCCGCUUCCGUCCCGGAAGGUGGCUGCAGUUGAAAAGCUGGGCUUUGGGACAAACAACAAAAUCUUUGUGGAAUUUGAGCAGCCGUUCUGGGAGGCGGACUGUCAGAUGGUUGAGGUGGUGUGGGAUGGAGAAUCGCCCCUGGCUGAGCCACCCGCCGACUUGGAGGCUAUUUGGUACCAGAAGAUUGCUGGCUUUGUUGUUCUCCAUCCGACAGAGAGGUACAUGGGAAAGACAGACUGGAAUGGGUUGCAUGAACAAGUCAUUUGAAGAAGUGUGCAUGCACACGAAAGCUCAUACCAAUAACAAACUUAGUUGGUCUCUAAGGUGCUACUGGAAGGAUUUAUUAUUGUUGUUUUGUUUUGUUUUGUUUUGUUUUGUUUUGUUUUGUUUUGUUUUGUUUGAACACAGGAAGCUUAUCACAUGCAGAUCAGGCAAACAAGUUGGGUCUUUGCAUUAAACCAGGGUGGAUUUGAUUUAAAUCAAUUUGAUUUAAAUCACCAUUUAAAUCACUAGUCAGUAAGACUUAAUUUAAAUCAUUUUUUUUUACAGAAAGACUCAUUCUUGCUGGUAUAAUCUUAAUAUUUACAACCAGAGGGAGGUUUCAUUUUUGGAAUAAUAAAUUUUCAGAGUAGUUUUUACAGUUACAUCAGAAAUUACUGAUUUGGUUAUACUAUUAGAAAUACAUAGACAGAUAAUUAUGACAUUAUUGUGAGGUUUAAUAAGUUAACUGUUUAUAUUUGGACAACUUUUGUGCUGUACUUUAUUGGAAGGAGAAAAAUAAUCAUUUCCUGAAUAACAAUUUAAACAAUUUAUUUAACUCAAGCAAUAACAUUAUUGCAUAUGUAUCCAUGUUUGUUAACGACGUGGUUAAACUUUUUUUAAAAAAAAUAAAAUAAAAACUUAGACUGAGUUUUAGCACACAUGAAAAACUUAAAAGAAAUCCUUAUUUCCUGAUGAAAAGCCUUUGGACUAUAAUGUAACUUAAAUAGAAAACUAUCUUUAGAAAGAUUUUUCCUCCAAAAGCAUUUUAUUUUAAAAAUCUGAUUUAAAUUUUUAAAAAUUGUUUUAAAUUAAAAAAAUCUGAUUUUUCAAAAAAAAAAAGUUAAAUCCACCCUGCAUUAAAUUGAUGUGGGGUUAUCAGCAGACGUUUGGGCAGCAUUUCUAUGGCUGCUGAGAUAUGCAAACAAAAAUAUAGAAAGAAAGAAUCUAAAAAAGGCGAUGCAGAUGUCUUUGGCAGGACUCAGGAGAGCUAGACCCUCCCUGGACCUCAGAGCUCCUGACCUCUAGCCUGGAUGACUUGAUUACACAAAUUUGUUGGAAAAAAAUCAGAUAUGCCAAAUGAAUUCUUUACACCAAAGAAGUGGUACUCGUGUAUGAGGGGUUAUUUCAAGAGGACAAAUAGCUCAGUCUGUAGAGCAUGAGACUCUUAUGGGUUGUGGGUUCGAGUCUCAUGUCGCAUGAAAGAUUCCUGCAUUGCAGGGGGUUGGACUAGAUGACCCUCGGGGUCUCUUCCAGCGCUACAGUUCUGUGAUUCUAGGAGCUGUGUUAAAUAGCAGUAACUAAGCAAGUGGUUUUUAUCUUACUGAUUAAAUAGUAGCAGUGCACCAAAACCCACUAGUGCUCAGGAAAGAACCCCAAUAGUGUUAAGUUGUGGGUGAACAUAUCAGACGACACAGUGAUUCUUCAAACAGCUCUUGUUUAUUCAGAGGCCAGAACAGAACUGAGCUGAAGGUCUCAGUCAGCCUGCUUAUAUAGAGCUCCAGUACAACGUUACUGUAACAACUUUCUAAAACUAUCCAAUCACUGAACGUCACUUUCGAUCCUUCAUUUGCAUAACUAUCUACAGUACCCCCCUGCUGGCCCAGGGUGAGAACUUCAGUACAUAACAAAUAGGAACUUCAGUCCAAAGCUACAGAAACGUCAACAAGAAUAAUUAAAAAUUUUGUGCUUUCUAUCUUGUAUUUUUGUGUUGCGAACCACCCUGGGAUCUAUGGAUGAAGGGUGGUAUGCAAAUUUUUAAAAUAUAUAAGAAUCAACUCCAUACAAUUUGACAGAAAAAUGGCCAGCACACCACCAAUAAUAAAAAUUAUCUGGGAAACUCUAAGCCACUUAGGCUGGGCGCUGUCCUCUUAGGUAAAUUGCUCUAAAUUAUUGGGGAAACUGUUAGAAUAGCUAAGAAUAAAGUGUGUGUAUGAACAUACAGCAUUGAAAUCUACUUUCAUAAAUCUACCACUUCCAAAAAAAUGGAUUUUUAUGAAGAUGAAACUAAUAGGACCAGCAUCUGUGGACUCUAAAAAGCCUUUCUCCUUUUACCAUACCAGAUACGGACAUAUCUUAUGUGGUUUCAUUGCUGGGAAAGAAGCUGAAUUCAUGGAAACCCUCACAGACGCAGAAGUCCUUUCUGCAUUAACAGAAGUAUUUCGUAGAGCAACAGGUACGCAUGACUUCUUAGCUGUUCGCAAGCGUCGGAACAAGGGGUGCAAAAAUGCGUUAUUCUGUUAAAACCGCUGGCCUAAGUUUUGCAAAAUGUCUCUUAGUUUUGUAUAAUAAUAAUAAUAAUAAUAAUAAUAAUAAUAAUAUAUUAUGUAUACCCCCCCAUCUGGCUGGGUUUCCCCAGCCACCCUGGGCAGCUUCCAGCAAAAUACUAAAAUACAAUAAUUCAUCAAAUAUUAAAAGCUUCCCUAAACAGGGCUGCCUUCAGAUGUCUUCUAAAAAUCAGAUAGUUGUUUAUUUCUUUGACAUCUGAUGGGAGGGUGUUCCACAGGGCGGGUGCCACUACCAAGAAGGCCCUCUGCCUGGUUCCCUGUAACCUCACUUCUCGCAGUGAGGGAACCGCCAGAAGGCCCUCGGAGCUGGACCUCAGUGUCCGGACUGAACGAUGGGGGUGGAGACGCUCCUUCAGGUAUACUGGGCCAAGGCUGUUUAGGGCUUUAAAGGUCAGCACCAACACUUUGAACUGGGCUUGGAAACGUACUGGGGGCCAAUGUAGGUCUUUCAAGACUGGUGUUAUAUGGUCUCGGCGGUCACUCCCCAUCACCAGUCUAGCUGCUGCAUUCUGGAUUAGUUGUAGUUUCCGGGUCACCUUCAAAGGUAGCCCCACGUAUAGCGCAUUGCAGUAGUCCAAGCGGGAGAUAACCAGAGCAUGCACCACUCUGGUGAGACAGUCUGCGGGCAGAUAGGGUCUCAGCCUGCGUACCAGAUGGAGCUGGUAAACAGCUGCCCUGGAUACAGAAUUGACCUGCGCCUCCAUGGACAGCUACGAGUCCAAAAUGACUCCCAGGCUGCACACCUGGUCCUUCAGGGGCACAGUUACCCCAUUCAGGACCAGGGAGUCCCCCACACCUGCCCACCCUGUCUCCCCAAAACAGUACUUCUGUCUUGUCAGGAUUCAACCUCAAUCUGUUAGCCGCUAUCCAUCCUCCAACCGCCUCCAGACACUCACACAGGACCUUCACUGCCUUCACUGGUUCUGAUUUAAAAGAGAAAUAGAGUGUCAAGAAGGUGCCCAAUAGAUUUUCCUAACCUAUCUUCUCUGAAAACUAGGUAUUUAUGGCCAAGAUAUUCUCUACUUUUGAGAAUGCAGGCUGAAAGGUUUAGGAGUUUGAGGUGAAAAAGUGACUGACAAGAUGAUCUACUCUAUGUUAUCCUGAGAUGGGUGGUCCUCAGUUGUACCGGGGAGGUGGGUGCAGCUUCAUUGAAACUCCCUAAAACCAGGCUCAGGUGGUUUUUAAUUGCAGAACUGAGGGGCUCAACAGCCAAUCACAACCCAUGCUUUAUGCCUGGAAACGCUUUGGCUGUUGCUGAGGCUCAUGGGAGUUGGAGUCCAACAACAUUUGGAGGGACCCUCAGGUUCCCUUGCCCCUGCUAUACAUAAUUCCUAGGUCCCUGUUUUUCUUUGAAUUGUCAAAUCUCAGUUAAACCUGAUGAAGCCGAAGUAGUCUGUUCUCACUGGAAGAACCGCUUUAGUUCAGGUUUGGUGCUGCUUUAGAUAAGGUAAAGGUGCUGCUUUAGAAAAGGUAAAGGACCCCUGAUAGUUAAGUCCAGUCACAAAGAACUCUGGAGUUGCGUCGCUCAUCUCACUUUACUGGCCAAGGGAGCUGGUGUUUGUCCGCAGACAGUUUCCGGGCCAUGUGGCCAGCAGGACUAAGCCGCUUCUGGCGAAACCAGAGCAGCACACGGAAAUGCCGUUUACCUUCCCGCCAGGGUGGUACCUAUUUAUCUACUUACACACUGACGUGCUUUCGAACUGCUAGGUUGGCAGGAGCUGGGACCGAACAACGGGAGCUCACCCCGUCACGGGGAUUCAAACUACCGACCUUCCGAUCGGCAAGCCCAAGGCUCAGUGGUUUAGACCACAGCACCAACCGCAUCCCUUGCUGCUUAUCUAGCCAUGUCCCAGUGUCCUGGGUAAAUUGGCUGAAGUGGCUUGCUUAACACAGCCAUCUCGUGAUGUUAAAGGUACAGUGGUACCUCGGGUUAAGAACUUAAUUUGUUCCGGAGGUCUGUUCUUAACCUGAAACUGUUCUUAACCUGAAGCACCUCUUUAGCUAAUGGGGCCUCCUGCUGCCGCUGCACCGCCGGAGCCCAAUUUCUGUUCUCAUCCUGAAGCAAAGUUCUUAAUUUCUGGGUUAGCGGAGUCUUUAACCUGAAGUGUAUGUAACCACUGUACUUCAUUUGAAAUCGGGGCUAGCAGGCAAGAUACUCACCCGCUCUCUGUGCACUUGGGUCAGGAAAUCCACAACUUGCUCCUCCGAGGAACAUCCUGCGCUCAAAAUGGUACAACGAGCCUUACACCAAAGGAUCCUACAGUUACGUGGCUGUUGACAGCUCCGGAGAUGACAUAGAUGCCCUUGCUCAGCCCCUUCCCAAAGACACAUCUGAUUCCAAGGUAACCCAUUCUGGAUUCCUGGCUGUAUUGGAGUUUGUCUCUCAGUAUCUAUCGGAACGUCCACAAGCCACAACACACACCCUGUGUUUGUUUGUUUGUUAUUGAAUUUAUAUAACGUCUUAUCAGAACGUCCACAAGCCCCAACGCACACCCUGUGUUUGUUUGUUUGUUUGUUGAAUUUAUCUACCGCCCUAUACCCAGGGGGGUCUUAGGGUGGUUCACAAAAUAAAAUCAAGAUAUAAAACCACAAAAUUCAUAAUAAAAGCAACAACCCAAUUGCCCCCCGGCCAAAAAAACACACACCACAUUUUAAAAGGGCACAGGAUGUCAAUCAGAUCAACCAAAGGAACAUUUUUGCCUGGUGCCUAAAGGUGUAUAAUGAAGGCGCCAGGCAGACUUCCCUGGGGAGAGCAUUCCACAGAAGGGGAGCCACUGCAGAGAAGGCCCUGUUCUCGUGUUGCCACCCUCUGGACUUCUCCAGGAGGAGGCACAUGAAGGACGUUGCGUUAACAGAGACAUUGUUUGAUUUUCCAUGCCUCUUGACUUUUCUGCCUCCCACUAACGGGUUUUCACCCAAACAGGGCUAAACUAAUACUGCUAUUUCUUGUUGCAGCCGCCACAGGUUCUGUUUGCGGGAGAAGCUACACAUCGCACGUUCUAUUCGACUACUCAUGGUGCCUUGUUGUCAGGCUGGAGAGAAGCGGAUCGUCUCCUUGACAUCUACAAUAUGUCCGAAUCGCCACAUGCUGCAUUGUAAGCCAAAAGCUGAGAUAGCAGUGGUUUCUUUUCCUGCUCCCAAGUAAUCAUUAAAAAUGGUAUGUCAGUAUAACUACCGCCCCGGGCACCCAGUUUUUUUAAAAGAGAUAAAAAUGCCUUGGGGGAAUUAUUUUUCUCGAGUUGAUCACUGGAAUCACAGUUGCAAAACGACAUAGUUUCCACUGUGUGUAACAAAUAACAUCCAGUGUUAAUGAUUAGCUAACUCCCUGUUUUCUGGUCCUGGAAUAUAAUUUCUUGCCCUGAAAGCACUCAGCUGAAUCUUUGCAUUUGUUUUCUCAUACUGAGGCAGUGUAGUACUUCGUUAAAUUUUGUCGGUCUUCACACGAAAACAUCAAAGAGCCACUCAUCUCACGCCCCUCUCAAAACAGGUGCCUCAGAAUAGCUUAAACAAAUCUUACAUUUCCAGUCUGUUAUGUAUUUUAGUAUAUUGGGAGCAGGGCAUCCCUGUAGGGCAUGGGUAGACAAACUAAGGCCCGGGGGCCAGAUCCGGCCCAAUCGCCUUCUAAAUCUGGCCCAUGGACGGUCCGGGAAUCAGCAUGUUUUUACAAGAGUAGAAUGUGUCCUUUAAUUAAAAUGUAUCUCUGGGUUAUUUGUGGGGCCUGCCUGGUGUUUUUACAUGAGUAGAAUGUGUGCUUUUAUUUAAAAUGCAUCUCUGGGUUAUCUGUGGGGCAUAGGAAUUUGUUAUCCCCCCCCCCAAUAAAUAUAGUCCGGCCCCCCACAAGGUCUGAGGGACAGUAGACUGGCCUCCUGCUGAAAAAGUUUGCUGACCCCUGCUGUAGGGACCUGGGAACCAUGCAUCUUUAGGAGAGCAAGACACUGUGUUCAGUAAAGGUAAAGGUACCCCUGCCCGUACGGGCCAGUCGUGUCCGACUCUAGGGUUGUGCGCCCAUCUCACUUAAGAGGCCGGGGGCCAGCGCUGUCCGGAGACACUUCCGGGUCACGUGGCCAGCGUGACGAAGCUGCUCUGGCGAGCCAGCACCAGCGCAGCACACGGAAACGCCGUUUACCUUCCCGCUAUAAAGCGGUACCUAUUUAUCUACUUGCACUUAAGGGUGCUUUCGAACUGCUAGGUGGGCAGGAGCUGGGACCGAAAGACGGGAGCUCACCCUGCCGCGGGGACUCGAACCGCCGACCAUGCGAUCGGCAAGCCCUAGGCGCUGAGGUUUUACCCACAGCGCCACCCGCGUCCCACUGUGUUCUAUAGUCCCUGGCAAAUUGCAGUGGAAAGAACAGUAUUUUGACAAGUGAUGCUUUGGUCCCACGAAUAUAGAAGGCAAAGGACGUGGAAGGAGAAAAAGAUUCCUUGUCUUUUCAAAGUAGGGAGACUUUUGCUUCCCACUGUGUUAAACCUGCAGUUGAUAGAAAAUGCAGAGAAGACGGCAAGCUCUGGGGAAGUAUUAGUUGUUAAGAGGAAACAAGUUCGGAAGAUUAAGGAUGAGAGAAGUCUUGCGUUUUUGAGCAAAUGUGGAUCGAAUUAGAGCUAUAAACGUUUAGCAUGAAAUUAAACUGUUAGAAGCUACAAGCAAACAAAAGGUAGUCUCACACUGACGUUUUGAUGAUGCUUGAAAAGUUCCUUAGCAGGUUUUAUUUUUAAUUAAAAUGAACAAGAUUGUGCUCUACAAGUUACCUUUUGGAAGAGGCUGGUACCCAGCAUGAUGAGAUUUAAUAACCAAUAACUUCAACUCAUUAUUGAUCCUUCUCAGUGGCAGUGAAGGCGACAAAGACAUUCUUUGCUGCCUCCAUUGCAUCCUCAAUGUGCAUCCAACAGAGUUUUCCAGGGAGCACAGGGACUUUUAUGGUUGCACCUAAAGGAGGUGGUGGAACUGACAAUGGCUUGCUGAGCAAUGCAUUCUGCCGAUGUAGGUUAAUGCAGGGUUUGAUGGCGGUCAGACACAGUCUCAGAUUACUGACUCAUCACCUGCUACUGUGCUUUGUCUUCAUAGCAAUAAUUGCUGAAAAACCCUUAUUACAAAGAUGGCAGCAGCACAGAUAUUGCUUCACCAGCAGACUCAGGAUACUCAAUGAUAACUCAGUAAUUUUGGUCACAUGAAGCCAAAAUUUAGAUAACCUCGCCUCCAAAUAUUAAUAUUUGAAGGUCCUGUCUAUCACUUGUCAGUUCAGUGAGUUGCAUCUGUACAAAUACAGCUUUGUGACAUGAGUGCGAUGUCACUCAAACUUCUCUUUUUUUCCAGCAGGAAAGUAAUGGGGAAAUUUUGACUAAGCAAAUUUCAAAUCACCUUUGGCUUAACUAUUAACUAAGCCUGGUGGCAGAUUUGGUGACAGCUCAUCAAAAGGUCCUCGUACAUGGAGUUGUUUUGAGUGACUACUAUAGCUUGCCUCUGAUAUGUACAGUAGUUGCUGCUUUUGGUACCUGCACAUCAGAAGUGGGCAGUUGUAGUCAAAACAACUGUUCCUGGAUCUGCUGUCUGCUGUCAGAAAGAGUUUCCCAAGACUUGAGCCUUUCCGACACUCAGUUACUGGUGUCAAUAAAACAACAGGUUUGAAAAGGUAUUUGUCAUACCGGUUAAGGAUUAAAGCAGUACAGUAGUACCUCGGUUUAUGAACUUAAUCCGUUCCGGAAGUCCGUUCUUAAACCAAAACCAUUCUUAAACAGAGGCGUGCUUUCCCUAAUGAGGCCUCCUGCCAUUGGUGCCCUUCCACUGUUCGGAUUCCGUUCUUAGACUGAAGUAAAGUUCUCAAACCAAGACACUAUUUCCAGUUUUGCAGAGUUUGUAAACCAAAUCGUUCUUAAACCGGACUGUUCUUAAACCGAGGUAGCUCUGUUAUGAUUUUGGGUUGGCUUAUAUAGCCUGCGACCCACUUGUAUGCGCUUUGUGACUCACAGGAAACACUAGCCUAGAGGUUAAAUUGUGCUCCCCACUGUUCACCCAUAAAAUCAAAGUUACAGCAUUGCACUUCUCAUCGUUAAAGCGCUGUCAUAUAGUUCGUAUUCCUCUUGCCAUGUUUGCUCUGUUAAAAGUACGCUACAGUAGUGAGGAAGAAGGUUAAGACCCAUCGCUAGUGGGGUUUACCAGGAUGAGAGAGACUGACAUUGGCAUUGGACAGACAUAAUGGCACUCACAGAUAAAGCACUUGCCUGUGUGUUGUGUACAUGCUCCAUCAAACAUCAGCGCACUUAGCAUAUGGGGCAGCUACCUCUACCUUCAUCUGAGCAUCUUAUGCAUGACCAAGCAGGUUACCUGUGACUUCUGUUGCUUUUGUUUUGCCCCAAACAGAGCGGUUCUAGGGAUUACAGCACAGAAUUAGCCGGGCUAGAAUCAGGAUGUUGCCCAAAACUUAACAGCAGUUUACACAGGAAGCGGAGGGAACAUUAUUAGAAUUGCACCAGGUGGCAACAAGGCAACUCAAGAGGACAACCAAGUUUCCCACAGAAAGAAUGUCCAAAAAGAUUUCUUUCCCCACCCCAGACCUUUAAUCACAGAUCUUGCAGGCGCUUUUCCUCAAGGUGGGUGCCGCUGCCCUGUUGAGAGGCUGGGCCAAGACCUGUCCGUUGUGCCGGCUCGUGUUGGCAGAAGGCACAGAGAGCUGCUAGUACCAGUUGGUGCAGGAGAUGAGAUAGCGGACGUCAUCCAGCAUGUCUAGGAGCCAGCCUGUGCGCUGGCUGGGGCCCCUUUCUCGCUCUCCACUGGGGGAAGCUGGUGGCAGUGGUGUCGGGAUGUGAACGGCAUGUUCCUCGACGGGCACCUUUGCAACCUCCACAGCUGGAAUCUCCACAGCUGGAAUCUCCACAGCUGGAAGCUCCACAUCUGGAACGUCCGCAGCUGCAACGUCUGCAGCUGCCUCUUCCUGGGGGUCCCCCGAUGGUGCCUCUUCACUGCUCAUUCUGAGGUUGGGGACAGAAAGAAACUUUGGAUUAGGCACAGCUUGGUUGUUGCUUAGCUGUACUUGGGCACCUCUAUGGUGAAAGCCCUAUAAGCCACCAUUCGAAAUUGUAUGUGUGUGUUUGUGUAUUAAUUUUAAAUUAAAUUUUGCAAUUUACAUUUCAAAAUAUUCAUUUAAACAACCUUAAAUCAAUGACUUCUUCUCUUUCCAUGGUUCAUUUUGCAUACCAUACAUCCCUGCAUAUUUUACAUGAAUUAAACCAUUCGGUGAUCCAUUGUUACGUCCAUCAAAAUUCAUUUACACUGUUGAAUUUAUCUUAAUGCUACCAGUGUUUUAAAAUAAACACAAUUUCCACCCAUAUAAUCAGU